GGUCACUUCAUGCUGCCCACGCACAGUGAGUGAGUGACCAGUGUCCGGAAGCGGUGUCACGUCGCAUUGUGUGUUGGGACUCCAGUGACCCCUCCUCGGAUAUAAAGAGUGACCCGCCCCUCCCGGACAGGAUCUCUGCCCGGCCCUGCUCUGCUGCAUGGAUGCUCCAGGCUCAGCAUCCUCAGUCUGCACAGCUCAGCGGAUCUGACACACUGAUCGGAGGACCCGCCACAGGCCACUUUACACUACACACUGUACACUACAGAGUUGCCAUGGCGAACAGAGGGCCCAGCUAUGGCCUGAGCCGAGAGGUGCAGGCGAAGAUCGAGCAGAAGUACGACACCGAGCUGGAGCAGCGGCUGGUGGACUGGAUCGUGGCACAGUGCGGAGGAAACAUGGAGAGGCCGCAGUCCGGCAGGGAGAACUUCCAGAAGUGGCUGAUGGAUGGAACAAUCCUCUGUAGGCUCAUCAACAGCCUGUACCCGAGGGGAAAGGAGCCCAUCAAGAAGAUCCCAGAGACACAGAUGGCCUUCAAACAAAUGGAGAAGAUCUCUCAGUUCCUGCAGGCAGCUGAAGCGUAUGGAGUCUCAACCACUGACAUAUUUCAGACGGUGGACCUGUGGGAAGGAAAGGACAUGGCAGCCGUGCAAAGAACUCUCAUGGCUCUGGGAAGCGUGGCUCUCACUAAGGACGAUGGGCAUUACAGAGGUGACCGGGACUGGUUCAACAGGAAAGCCCAGGGGUAUCGUCGGGAGUUCAGCCAGGAGCAGCUCCGCCAGGGUCAGAGUCUGAUCGGCCUGCAGAUGGGCAGCAACCGCGGGGCUUCCCAGGCCGGUAUGACGGGCUACGGCCAGCAUCGUCAGAUCAUGUAGACCACUUACUAACCCCUGCUUCCAGACCUUGUUUUCUACUAAUACCACAAACGCUGUAGCCCCGAAACCUCCAUUUCUUCUGUAGCACCAGCCAUGCUAACCUCAAUCUCCCUGGAAUUGCCGCUUUCCCAAAUCCAGUGUUUUAUCUUGUCAAAUGAUGUCAAAUGCUGUAGAUCUUUAAACUCCCCUCGCUUGUGCCACAUCCUCUCCCUCCUCUUUGUCUACUGUCCAAAUGAUUCCCCCACGAAGAACCCUACAGUCAUUCAUCAUCAAUUAAGUCUUAUCAAUAAUUUAGUAUUAGUUCCUCUAUACAAACCAUCAGUGUUAUAAACAUCUGAAAUACUGUAAGCCACUGUUAAGGCAUGCUCUAUGCUGUUUAUUUCCAUUUGUGUGUACAUUUAUUGUUGUUUUAAGAUGAUCUUUACUUACUAAUUGUUUAGCCUUAAACCUAAUGGAACUCAAUGAAAGACGAUGUCUCUGCUAUCUUGUCUUGAAGACUUGUUGCAGUAUCCUCAGUAACCAAAUCAACCUCACGUUGGGCCUGGUUACAGGACUACAGAGACUGGCUCCGGGUACACUGGCCUCACAUUAUAAAUGAGUUCCCCUUAUUCUGAGCCAUGCAUUUAUUAUUUGUUUGUUAGAUCACCUCUUUAAGUCAAUGUACAGCAGCCAACACGUGCGUGAAAGCUCCCGUUUCUGGUGCCAGGUAAAGACAUUGCUUGAAUGUGCACUUUUAUGUAUUGUCAUGUUUAUAUUUUUAAAUAUAUUUAUACCUGGAGGCUUGUGAGAAGAAUUAUUGAAAAUAAAGUAUGUGAACAUA